AUGAUCACCGAGGAGGGGAAAGUUAUCGUCCAGCACCUAGAGGCUAUAUUCGACGCAGUAGAUCGCCGCGAAAUCGAUCACCCCGCCGAGUUGCUGAUACUUGGGUUCCGUCAUCAAGCCGAACUUAUAACCGAUUGCGAAGUCGCUCGCCACCGAGUUUUAGGCGCCGUUCAUCCCGAAGUCCUCCCUAUUAUGCCAGGGACACUGGUCCUCCUUACAACCAAACGUGCUCCCCUCCGCGCAGACAGACCUCCCGCAUUGGAUUCAAGAGGACGAUCACCGGCUGCUCCUUCUACAACUCGCCAGCCGCCAUUUAAGAUCCCGCGCGAAUCACCCACUCUUCAAACCGGCGAACCCUCUUUCGGAAAAGAUGAAUUGCAAGAGAAGGCUCCUAUCCCUAGCCAGGACCCUGUCGCAUCCACAGCGCGAGUAAUGGAUCUUGACAAGUCUGACCAAGGUCGUUCUCCCGACCUUUACAGCAAUAGAUCCAAGCACAUCAAUGUCGCGUGUAUCCCCAGUCACCUGAAGGCACCACACAGCGCCUUACAAAACCAAUCGCCUCCAUCUGGCCCCUCGCAUGGUGCCAAAUCUUUACCCUCACAGAACCGGGGAUCAAGCAUUUCCUUGCUAUCCGCGCCGACGCGUCCUCGAGGGGGGGCUAGUUUCAAAGACACGAAUACAUUUGCGACCCCUACGAUGCGACGCGGGCCUUUGACUCCCCAUACUAAUAUACCUCCUUCCGGUCCACGCACUAGUCAUGUACCAACCGGACCAAGCGCCGAAGUUCAUCGCCCUCAUGCCUAUCGGCAAAACAGCGUUACAUCGCCCUCGUACCCCCGUACCCCCAAGUAUACCAACCAUCUUACGGGUCUCUGCACAAUUGUUCCUGGAGGAAGGCUGCUUCCCUCUAGUGUGGAGCUUACCAUGGAGAAGCGACUAUCACAACUAGAUGUAGACAAGGUGCGACUUUUUGAGCAGAUUACGGAAAGCCAAAAGCACAAGCGGAUGGGUCUAAGAGACUGGGACAGACUGGAUAGGGAAAGCUCUAUCUGCGCCUUGAAAACGGACUUUUCCCAUCUCUCGUCCAUCUUCAUCCUUUUACAUAAGAUGAAGUCUUCGAGCAGUUGUUCUGGACUGUCGUUCAAGUCGCAGGCAUUGUAUUUGAUGGUGUUCGUGACACGCUACCUCGAUCUCUUUUGGGCAUUCACCGAUUCUCUCUACAACACAACGUUCAAGAUCCUCUUCAUUGGCUCGUCGGCCUAUAUCAUUUACCUAAUGCUGAACGACUACAAGCCAACUCAUGACCCAAACCUGGACACUUUCAAAGUCCAAUAUCUUUUAGCCUUCAGUGCUGUUCUAGCUAUCGCGUUCCCGCAUGACUACAGAGUUUCUGAGGUACUCUCACCUUCGCAUUCUUUUCCUCUUAGCUUGGAGUUCUCGCUGACGCGUCGAAAGAUCCUUUGGACGUUUUCAAUCUGGCUCGAGUCUAUCGCCAUCCUACCCCAGCUGUUUAUGCUCCAGCGUACCGGGGAGGCGGAUACUAUCACGACUCAUUAUCUCUUUGCCCUAGGGAUAUACCGAGCGCUAUACAUCCCUAAUUGGAUCUACCGAUAUUUCGCUGAGCAGUACUUUCAACCUAUUCCCGUAAUCGCGGGUAUCAUCCAAACGCUCUUGUACUCAGACUUCUUUUAUAUCUAUUACAACAAGUAA